GUGUCAAUCGUGUCCGUAGAUCCACUGGUGUUGUAUAUCCAGAACUUUGUCACUGCAGAGGAGGCCUCAAGUCUCAUCAAACUAGUCGAAGGCUCCUUCAAACCCUCAGAAAUCUGGUCCAACGAUGGCAACGAAGGCAAAGUCGUAAAAGAAGUACGCGACUCCAACUGGGCAUCCCCCAACAUCUCCGAACCAAUCGUCAAAACCAUACGCGCACGAGCAAAAAGGUUCCAGGGCUUCGACAACGCAGGAGAUGUGGAACCGCUCAAAGUACUCAAAUACGAGCUCGGAGGCCACUAUAACCAUCAUCACGAUUCUUUUCCGGAAGAAGUUGCAAAACACAGUAUGCAAGGGAACCGACUGUCUACCUUCUUUGUAUACUUGGCAGCGAAUUGUACAGGAGGAGGGACUAAUUUUCCUGAUUUGAAAAGGCCGAGAGGAGUUGAGUGGUGUGAAUUUAUUGAUUGCGAGGAGCCGAUGGAGAAGGGUGUUUCGUUCAAACCGAUGGCUGGAAAUGCGAUUUAUUGGUAUAAUCUUAUACCUCACAGUGAGACUCCGCAUCCGGCUCUGAGACACGCGGGUAUGCCGGUGAUCUCAGGGAAGAAGAUUGGUUUGAACAUGUGGACCUGG